AAUGGCCACGCAAUUGCAUUCCCGCACAUCCACCAACCCCUCUGCACUGUCACAGCCUGUAACCCCGCACACACGCUGCUGCAGCCCUUCAGCCCCGUCAUCUUGACACGUUAACAGCUUGUGUGAGCACAAUCUGAGCCAUUAUUACUGACGGGGAUCGAUGUAACUUUGCCCGAUAGAAGUGGGCAAAAAUAAGAGCCAGUGUAACCAGUCCGCCACCUAGCUGCGGAGACGCGCCGACGAAGAUCUGUCGACUGUAUGAUUAUGAAAACACCCGCGCCAAUGUUGUUGCACAGUAGGCUCCGCGCUCCGAUGAGGCUGAAACUCGGUUUUAGGAGGUGUUUUAACCUCCACUGGCCUUACUUAUGUAAUCAAAGCAACAUCUAAUGCACCAAAAAGCUCCGGAUUGCUGUUGGUGCGAAGGGGAGAGCAGGACAGCAACACCUUAACCUCAUGCCUAAACGCAGUUGGCUCCGGGACGCGCUCUCGGUUCAAGCCUAAAGAACCAGAGAAAGACCUUCCUUCGCUGGAUGAAGAGGCCUUACUGAAAUUGGACUAUUACAGGAAAUUAAUUUGGAAAUCUCCUAGCCUACACCUGCAUUCUGCUCUUUGCACUUGAGCCCAAUAACCCCACCAGGGUCAUUUAAAAGUGUUAAACUGGGAACCCAGCAGCAUUCUGCUUCUCUCCCCUGACUUCUCUAAUGGACCAGAGAGUGAAGGGGGGAACCCCUACAACCACAAACUCCACUCUGGACCCCACAUCUGCAUCUGAAGACUGUGACGUGGUAGAGAAAAAGAGGAGGAGUGAGGGGGAUAAUGCAGAUGUUGGGGAGAAGGAGGAGGAGAAGAGAGGAGCAGGAAAAAAGAGAGAAGGAGACAAGGGGGCAGUGCUGGAGUUGCUCAUCGAGGAGCGCUGUGGAAGUGCAGGGCAGCAACAGCUUCAGAUCUCUGGCAGAGAGACCAGUUGCCCCGAGGGGAAUGUACGACUCCGGAUUGGACUCCAGGCCAAACGCACCAAGAAACCGCCGAAGAUCUUGGAGAGCUACGUCUGCAAGCCCACAUUUAGGACCUAUCAGAGGCAAGCCAGGGGGGGACUGCCAAGGCGGGAUGGAGAAGGAGAACAGCAUAACAAAAUCAGCUCUACUCCAGACGAGGCCACCAGAGAUCAAUGCUCAGGCUUGGUUGCUGUCCAGACCACGUCCAAACAAACUGCAUCUGCUGCCUCACCACCACUUGCAACAUCAUCAUUAUCAUCGUCAUCAUCAUCUUCGGCAUCGCAGCCACUGUCUACCACAGCCACCAAGACAGCCCCAGUCCCUGCCAUAAUCGACCAAGGAACCAAGUCUGCCAAACAGGUUCCUAUCAAACUGGCCGAUAAGACAGAGGUGAAUUUAAAUGGUUCAUCUGAGAGAGUGAAGAAAGAGAAGCUUUCUAAUGUCAAUGGGCAGCCUGUCUCUGCAGCACACAAACCCUGCUCGCCUACAAUAGACCAGACAGUUACUCCUUCUACCGCAUGCAUCCAAGCCCCAUCUGCAUCGGAAACCAGGAAUGAAGGGAAGACCUCCAAGAAACAUAAUGGUUUGAAGGGACUAUCUAAUGGGAAAGGCUCUGUCGACAUCCUUGGCACUUCCACCGGCAAAGUUGGAAAACACGGCAGUUCCUCCUCCACGGACCCUCCGAUAAAACCUCCAGCCUCCAUUAGCUCCAAUAAAGAACUCAGCCUGUCCAAUAAGAGUAGGCCAGACUCUCCUUCCUCUUCUUUAGUCACCCCUAAACCACAGUCUUCCCCCACUGUGGAUCUCUCUUCUACCCAAUCCCAAGAUCAGGAUCCCUCUCUGGAGAAAAAGAAAGACAAAGAGAAAAAAGCAAAGAAAGACAAACGGAGAGACAAAAAAUCAAAGCGAGAUAGAUUAGAGGCUGAAAGAGCAAAGGGUGAGAUCAGAAAGGAGGAAGGCAAGAAGAAGAAAAAGGAGAAAAAGAAGGAUGGGAAAUCAAGGCAUGGUAAAGAAAAGGAUGAAAGACAUAGGACUGAUAAUAUGUGGAGGGACGAGUUAAAGAUUGAAAGAGGAAAGGCUGAGAAAAAAAAGGAUAAGCUUAGCCCAGACAGACAAAGAACAGAGGAUACUAAAUGUGGUGAAUCAAUUGAUAGUUGUAAACUAGAUAAAACCUUUAAGGUAGUGAAUCCAGACAGACCAGAUGAGAUAAACAAGACUGAUGACGGUUGCAAGCCAGUUGAACGAGCUGAGCCAGCAACAGGUGACACCGGUAAAUCAAAAGAACAAGAUGUCUCAAGACAUUCAACUGUGCCUGCAAGCCACCCCUCUUCUUCUGCUCCUCCCUCUCUGCCCACUCCUUCUGCCCGUGCCCCUGUUUCUCCCCCUUGUUCCCCCCAAGAGCAAGACAGCCGUCCUCUUAAAAAACGUAAAGCCAGACGGCCCAGCUGGACGAAGCUGGUGCACCGGGCUCAGAGAGCGGAAAAUCAGGAAGCCCCUUCAGAUUCCCAACAUAAUUCUCUACUAAGUUUCCCCCAGAACCCUAAGACGUCCCUUCCUGCCAAGGUCACUGAUGAGUCACGACCAUCUCCCUCUAGCCCCCUAACCAGCAGCUGCUCCCCUCUCUCUUCUGCAAUCAAACCUCCAUCCCCAAAGCAGAGUCACCCCACAUCAGACCCGAGCCCCCCUGCUUCCAGAUGCCCAAUAACCCCUGCCCGAAAAAGGGGCCGCCCUAAAUCCCACAGCUCUAGCUUAGAUGAACCUCCCCCUAAACUUUCACCAAACGCUAUCCCGACAGAGGUGCCUCUUCUGGGCUGUGACGUAGUUCAGAAAGCCCCUGUGCUGGAGCCAAGUCCAAAACUGCAGUAUGCCGCUCAGUCUAAAUCCAGCCCCAAGAAGCGUGGCCGACCUCCCAAACAACCCCUUCCAGAGGAUCAGAUUGGAGAUGCACUGAAUCGCAGGAGUAAAGAUUUUCAACCUCCUGAAAAGGGGAACAGGCAGCUAAAGAUCAGGAGGCUGAUUAAUGAGAUGAAGAAAAGAAAGAAGAGGAGACUUCACAAGAUAAUGCUUUCUGGGUAUGUAGGAAAGGAGGGAAGGGGAGGCCAGGCAGCAGAUGGCGAGACCUCUCUGGGAAUUUGUAAAUCGAUUGAAGCUACAACAGUACAAACGCUCUCAGCACUGUCCUCCUCUUUUGGGAGUAAGCUGGGCCCUCAGAUCAAUGUUAGCAAGAGAGGUACCAUCUACAUGGGCAAGAGGCGAGGACGCAAGCCCAAAUCCCAAACAGCUUAUCUUAACUCCAACUCCCAGAGCGCUACUCAGUCAUCCCUGUUUACCAAUCCCUCUGAAACAUCUCUCUUUUCCUCUAACCAACCCCAGCCUCCACCCUCUCACCCAUUUCCCUCCCCAUCUCUCACCCACUCCAGUGGGGCCCAAAGCCCUUAUAGUGAAGGCAGCCUCACAGAACCAACAUCUUCCCUACUUUUUCCUCACCCCUUCUCCCUCCCUUCCCCAUCAUCCUCCUGUACCUCCCCUCGUCCUCCCUCCUCCUCAUCCCUCUCUCCCUUUGUGAAAAAGAGUUGUCCGUGCCAGGGAAGGCAUCACUUCCCCUUUCACCAGUCUUCAUGUAAGCUCUCCUGUCCCACCCCUCCACUGCAUCACACACCUGGCUCUCCCGGCCACCUAAAAGAGGCCACCCCCUCCCCCAGGAGUGAGUCACACAGUGAGGAGACGCUGCCUAGCGAUAGUGGGAUUGGAACAGAUAACAACAGUGUUUCUGAGCGAGCAGAGAUGAGGGGAGUUCGAGGCAUGUUUAGGUUGGGUCAGGGGUCAGGAGUUAUUCUGGGGGGUCAAAAGCACCUCUCCUCUCUUGUGGAACGUCCCUCUCCUGUCUCUUCACCCCUCUCUCUAAUGCCGAGACACACAAACCCCAUCACCAACUCAGCUACUCUGGAGAGGCACAGAGACAGACACAGGCACAGGCGGAGGGAUUACGACUGUUCCUCUGCCUGUACUUGCUUGUGCCCGUGCCCCUGCCCAGGGACACAACAAGUGCACUCAUUCGGACUAUUACCCUUGCCUUGGGCACAAUGCACUGAAGAGACAGAAAAAUAAACAUAAAAAGAAGCACCAGCACAUGCAGGAUCCAGAGU